AUGUCUGCGGUUAAAAUUGACUAUAAUCAUAUCGUUAUUUCAGUAGUUACUUGGGAAACACAAGUGGUCACAUUGCCAGAGUGGGAAGUUCUCCUAAACAAUUUAAAUUGUUUCAAUGAGCACAUUGAUUCUUUUGUUUUCAGUUCUAAACAAAUGGUGGAAGGAAAGGAAGUCCACGCUCCAUACGGAAACCUUUUUCGCACUGUAAAGCUCAUCACACGCAUGGAGAUGGAGGAUGAGGAGUGGGUGUACACGGAGGAGCCCCACGCUGAGAGGAGAAGGGAAAUUCUGAAGAAGCAUCCAGAAAUCAAGAAACUUAUGGGCCCUGAUCCAAUAAUUGCUGUUUACACAGUUUUUAUGGUUUUCACUCAACUGGCGAUUGCAUACGCGUUUUCAAUCUACAAUCCAGGAUGGAUAGUUUACAUCCUUUGCUGUUAUUUCAUCUCAGGAACACUUAACCAUUCCUUGGGUAUUGCCAUUCACGAAAUUGGACAUAACCUUGCCUUUGGACAUCGUCAUGGACCGGCCAAUCGCAUUCUAUCCAUAUUCUGUAACUUACCAAUGAUCAUUCCGGUAGCAAUCAGCUACAAGAAAUACCAUCAUGACCACCAUCGAUGGAUGGGUCACGAGGCUUUGGAUGUUGAUAUACCCAUGCGCUGUGAAUGCUACCUCUUCCAAAGCCGUCCACUUCGAAUUGUUUGGAUUCUUUUAAAUCCUCUCUUCUAUGCCCUCAGACCAUUUUUCAAGUCUCCAAGACCUCUUACAGCUUGGGAGGUUGUAAACUUGGUUGUGCAAAUGGUUUUUGAUGUGAUUAUUUGGCAUUACCUUGGAAAUGUUGCCUUUGCUUACCUUCUAAGUGGCACACUCUUGGGGCUGGGUCCACAUCCCAUGGCUGGUCAUUUUAUCAGCGAGCAUUACCUGUUUGCAGAUAAUUUAGCAACUCACUCAUAUUAUGGAAUUUUGAAUAUUCCACUAUACAAUGUCGGAUAUCAUGUGGAACAUCAUGAUUUCCCUUACAUUCCAUGGACCAGACUCCCUAAAUUGAAAGAAAUUGCACCAGAGUACUAUGCAACCCUACCUUAUCAUUCUUCGCUAUGCAAGGUACGAGGUUUACCUGUUCCAGCGGGUUUUGGUUUCGGAUUAAAGAUCGCCCUAACAAAGUGUGAUGAGAUUGAUCAAGGGGUCUUUCAACUUUGGCCUCUUGAUUCUCUUCUUCAUAAACCCAAAGCUUCAAAGUUACUAACAGAUCAAGUUCUCUGGGACUUCGUAUUCAAUCCUGAAGUCGGUCCUGGAGCACACGGCAUCACAGAGACGGUGACAACUCGUCCUGACAUCUACGAAAAGAUGCCACGAAUUGACCUCUCCUCAUCCCUCACCUACCCCGAGGGUUCAAAGAAGCAGGAGUAG